CCAGUUCGUGACAUGUUAAUUCUGUGUUUUCUCACCCACUGUAAUAUACCAUGUUAGCGGUUUACAGUGUUGAGCAUGCCACAGUAUCACUGAGCUAGGCAUGAUCAAGAGUCUGUCACGAGAAGUUCAGGCCCAGUUGCGCUCUGGAAUUGCCAUUUUCUCACUGCAGCAAUGUGUGGAGGAGCUUGUGCUGAACAGCAUCGAUGCCGGAGCAACAUGUGUCGCUGUGAAGAUAGACAUAGAGGCCUGCAAAGUUCAGGUGAUAGACAAUGGCUCGGGCAUGGAUCGGGAGAACAUGGAGAAGGUCGGGAUCAGAUACUGCACAAGCAAAUGCAGUUCACUGGAGGAUUUGGAUAACUUGUGCUUUCAUGGAUUCAGAGGUGAAGCAAUUGCAAGCAUGGUCACUCUUGCAACCAUGGUGGAAGUCUCAUCUCGGACUAAACUGUCCAUUAAAACAUUUGUUAAGAGGUUUAACGAAGGUAAAGCUUCAGAGGUUUUCGAGGCGCAGACUACUCGACCUUCAUCUGGGACUACAGUGCUCAUCUGUAAUUUCUUUCACAACAUGCCGGUCAGGAGAAAAAGGAUGGACUCUGUACUGGAAGUAGAGCGCGUUCGCCAGAGAGUGGAAGCCAUAUCCCUGAUGCAUUCGUCUGUGUCUUUUACAGUGAAGAAAGAUUGUUCAGGCAUUCUGCUGGUGCAGCUUCCCAAAGCCCGGAACACUUAUUAUAGAUUUGUUCAGAUCCAUGGUUUCGGAAAGGCUCAAAAGCUCAGAGAGGUAAAUCACACCUAUGGAAAGUUUCAGAUGAUGGGAUAUAUUGCAUGUGAGGGUCAUUACAACAACAGCCUCCAGUACCUUUUUGUGAACAGUCGACUUCUUUUAAAAACACGAAUUCACAAACUGUUCAACUGCCUUCUUAAGAGAUUGAGCAGUUCAAAUGGGAAAACAAACAGUCCCAACGCAUCUCCUGUCAUUUUAAGCCCUAAGCAACGAGGUGGACCAGAUUUACAUGGAGUUUACAUCAUUAACUUGAAGUGCCCUUAUUCAGAGUAUGAUGUAUGCUUGGAGCCGGCCAAGAGUCUUAUAGAAUUCAAGGAUUGGGAUGAUGUACUUUUCUGCAUCGAGGAAGGCAUAAAAUCAUUCCUUGUGAAGGAGAACUUGGUAUCUGAAUGUUCUGUCAGUGAUGUCCAAAAUUUAGGGAGUGGAUUUACUAAUCAAGAAAGCAGUCCAAUUAGAAAUGUAGAGAUGUCAGAGUCUGAAAACUUUAAAGAAGGCUUUAAAGAGACAGGAAGCUCAGUAGUGGCUGAGAACACAGAUUACAAUGUACAAACUGUAGAACAGGAGCUUGAAUCAGCUGCUUUAAAUUUGCAAUCCGAGCAAUGUUCAGAUUCAGAUCUUGAAUCCAAAGUUCAGGUCAAUGUCACUGACAAACCAUUGCCGAACAGUUUCAUUUCUGGAACUGAAAAUAAAGAGAAAGAUGACAAAAUGAUUGAAGAUUAUUAUGAAAAUGUACUGUCCACUGAUGUGAGUGAAUUUCCAGUCUGUGUUAACAAUAAUAAUUUACAUUUUGAAAAUGCAAAAUCCAGGAUUGCCCUAACUGGGCAUGAAGAGGCCUAUGAUAGUUUAAAAAGAUUUGCUGAACCCUAUUUAAACACUGCACCAAAGAGAAAGCUGUCUCUACUCUCUUCAGAUAAUCAGACUGGUGGCUGCGACCAAAGGAAUAGGCCAAAGAUUCCAAGGGUCACACCAAGUCGCAAAUUAACUCUGUCGUUUGAAACAGGAUCUCUUGACAAAUUCAAGAGAAUGUUUGAGAAUGAAAUAAAACCCCAAGCUAUGAACACACAACUCAAAGAUGGUUUAUGUCCUGAAGUUUCUGUUGAUUCCUCCUUAGUUGCUAAUGCUGCAAGCAGCAGUUUGCUCAUUUCCGAGGACGCACAAGUAGAUUUUAAUGAAUGUAGUACUUCAUUAAUGAAUGAUUCACUUUUGAUUACCAAACAGACCAAGACUAAAAAUUCUACCUCAGCCUCCAAAAGGAAGAAAAUAUCAUUAGCUGCCAAACUCUCGCACAAGGUAGAUGCCGCUAAACCACAGCAAUGUGAACUUAAUGCACAAAACGACUCCGUUUCCAAAACUUUGUCAGACUUUGCAGAGAGGUUUACAGAUUUUCUCUCUGAUCAGUGUAUGUUAGAGAACAAUCAAGAGCUUUUACCUCAUAGUGCUUCAAAUGAGAUCACAGAAACAGCUGGGCCGCUCGAGAAUUACCCCUCAGAUGAACCCAGAGUCACCGCACCCCACAGACAGGACGUCUCAACACCCACCUCCACUCUCAUCACUGGAGGAACUAAGCUCACUGAAAAUAUGACUUCCCUUGAUCCAGAAAGCGCCUCAGGUCAAAUGCUUUACCCUUUAUCACAACAUGACCCAUUGCCCACCAAAGCAGGAAAUGAGGAACAGACUGCAAAUGAAAACCAGGGUCACGAGGGCGACAAGAGGAAGCUUAGCUCGAGUGGCUGGCUAACACAUUAUGAUAACGUGUUGGGAAAGUUGGUCCACAUCAAUCAGGUGACGGGACUCAGUAAAUACGAUAAUCCAUUGUUGGAGGAAACUUCAGUGCCUUGUACCACGGAUGUCACUAAUAUGGCAAUCAGCGUUGUUUCAUCAACAGGAUUUGAGUACAGGUGCUACCCAUUUCAGACAAAGCUUGUAUUGCCCUUUCUUCCCAAACCUAGAGCAGAGAGAGUGCUUAGUUCAAGCAUAAACUGUGAAGAUCCGGAUGAGGGUCCCAGUUCAUUAUCGACUCUCUUCUCUAAAUGGAAUAACCCUGUGUUUGUACGACCACCACAGGUUGCUAUGGAUGUGUCAAGUGGUCAAGCCGAAGACCUUGCUGUUAAAGUCCAUAACAUUCUCUUUCCUUACCGCUUCACUAAAGACAUGAUCCACUCUAUGAAGGUUAUUAAUCAAGUGGACAAGAAAUUUCUUGCCUGUCUCAUAAAUACAACAGGCAAAGAGACCACAGGGAGCAGUAAAGGUGAAGAAAACCUUCUGGUGUUGGUUGAUCAACAUGCUGCUCAUGAACGGGUUCGUCUGGAGGGGCUCGUAACAGAGUCUUAUGAGGACAGCCCAGAUACACCGGGUAAAAAGAGACUGUGUUCCUCGAGUGUUAGCCCCCCUCUAGAGAUUAACGUGACCGAAGAGGAGAUGAGACUUUUAAGGUUGUAUCAGUCUUUCCUAAGAGACAUGGCUUUAGAAAUAAGCUUUCCUGUGACAGAGAAGUCCUAUGUUCUACUGAAGCGACUUCCCGCGUGUUUCAUAGAGAAGGAGAACACUGAGAAACGAAGAGGAAGACGAAGUGUUAUCAAGUCUAUUGCAGAGGAAUACUUGCGGGAACACAUUGAGUUUUUACACUCAACAGGAAGAGUAAGAGGCACUUUGCCUUUAACAGUUCACAAUGUUCUCGCUUCACAGGCUUGUCAUGGUGCUAUUAAGUUUAACGAUGAUUUAAGUACAGAGGAGUGCUUCAGCUUGGUGGCGGCCCUCUCAUCCUGUCAUCUACCCUUCCAGUGUGCCCAUGGACGGCCCUCCAUUCUCCCUCUAGCUGACCUUCUCCACUUAAACACUGAACAGGAAUUUCCCAAACCAAAUCUCAGGAAAUUAAGAAGAAUGUACAAAGCAUGGCAACUGUAUGGAAAUAAUUAAUUUUUAGGGAACAAACAAUUUUACCACAUUAAAUUAUUUAUUUUCCUAAA